AAUUCACAAAUUGAUUAAAUAAUUUUGACUAUAUAUAAAUGUGACGACUCACAUGAGUAUUUGGUGCAGUGUCCCAAUCACACCAAUCCAAUACUCUAAUUUGUGUUUGCAUCUUCACAUCAUCAAAAAAACAGAAAGAUGAACAACAGUGAUGAUGACAAGGGUUUGUUGUGGAAGCUUCCGGUUGUGAAGUCUAACAACUUCGGUAAAGUGGGCCCCGCAUUCGGUUUUGGUGCUGGUUGCGGUUUUGGAUUCGGACUUGGUCUUCUCGGAGGAGUGGGUAUUGGCCCUGGAAUUCCUGGCUUGCAAGUUGGUUUUGGGUUGGGUGCUGGAUGUGGUGUUGGUUUAGGAUUUGGUUAUGGCAUGGGAAAGGGAAUUGCACAAGAUGAGUACAGAAGGUACUCUAAUGUCGGAAAUCCUUUUCGUGGUUCCGGAAGCAUUAUUUCUGAGGAUGAUAUUACUGCACUUGUGGAUGACAUUGUCAUAAAUACUAAAAAGCUUAUCAAGGCAACAUCAAGAGAACUUGACAAGUGGAGAAGAUGAUGGAAUUGUCCAUUUAUUUUUUUUAUGUACAAUUGUAUUCAACUAAGAACUAUAUCAGAGGUGUCAACGUAAUUGAGAUUCCACAAUCUUAUAGUUAAAAAAACAUAUAUGUUUUAAUAUACUGGAUGAUUUGCAUUACGAAUGAGUUUGUGUUUAUGAAUACGAUUUUUUGUGAUCAAA